AUAUUCAUGGAAUUCUUGAAUUUCGUUACGUUUUUGCACUUAAUAAUAGAGUGUUGGAUAAUAAAACUGCUCCAAAUUUCCUAAAUCAGUCGAUUUGUGAAAAUUACAGCCUACGGGAUGGGGAAACAUAUGAUGUCACCCUUAUUCCGAGAGAUGUAAUGAACAAUACAAUAAGGGAAACCAUCGCAGUUCACAUAGAUGCAAGCGUACCUGACAUUGUCGAAAUGUACUUGAUUAAAGAUGGAGUGCGCCAUUUGUUCGUUCACAAUUCCACAGAUCUUUCGAGAAUGAAGAUAUCCUUUAAAGCUUUGGAUGAACACAGUGGACUGAAUUCUAUUGAAUGGAUGCUGGGCACAUCUCCUGAUGGUGGGGAGCUAGGAAAAGGUUCCAUUGCAGUGAAUCGUCUGGAACCUGGGGUUACUUGUAAUCAUACGGAAAAUUGCUAUUGCCCAAAAGUUGGAGUUUGUGAGAAAGCCCUGUACAGCGUGAAAUUCAGUAGCUUGAUCAAGAAUAAUAAACAGAACGGGCACCACAACCGGGGGUAUUUCUUUACGGUGAAAGUAACUAACAAUGCCAUGUUGGUAAGUAUUUCUAGAACGGAUAUCUUAGCUGAUGAUUCACCUCCCGUAGGUGGAAAUGCUAUGGAAGGAGAAAUUGGAUCCCAAGAGUUAGAUUAUACUUGUAAUAGAGAAAUAAUCGUGAGGUGGAGCGGUUUCAUUGACCAUGAGAGUGGUAUUAAAAAAUAUCGGAUUGGAUUCAAUGACAAGUGUCUGUCAAGAGAAGAUUUACUUCAUAAUAAUCAUACAACGCUUCCAAGUUAUAUUUACGAAACAAAUGAGCAGCAAAUAAAGGUACGUGCUCCCUACCCAGGUCUGUACUUUACCAGUGUAAUAGCUUAUAAUUACGCUAUGGAAUCGUCGGAAGUGGCGUGCUCCAAUGGUAUUACCUACGAUAUCUCGCCACCAAAAUUGUACAAUAUAAUUUUAGAACACUCGAAAACAACAGAAGGCAUUGCAUGUUACAACAGGACUGCGUGGUUAAUACUCCAAAAUUUCACGGGUGUCAAAUUAGAAAUGACGCAAGCUUGCCAGAAAAUAUGCAACGACAGCAGUAACGAAUUUCCGCUUUUGGAGAAUAUGUUCUAUGUAAGACAAGAUUAUUAUCAUGAUACAUCCUACGCGGAUUCAAUAUGCAAGAAAUUAGGGGUAUAUAUAAAAAACAAUAAAGUAUAUAUUCCCUCAGACACGAUUUCUGUUUCUUGGAAUAUCACCGACUUGGAAUCACAAAUACAUGACAUUAAAAUCGGGUUUGCAUCAACUAAAUCGCAAUCUAAAACACCCGACAUUUUAUCUUUUACGCCCACUAAGCGUCUGCAGAGUGAUAAACGAUUGCAUUCAGCACUUGACUCAGGAACUCCUUUUUUUAUUACAAUAAAAGCUACAAGUAAAGCUGGCUUGGAAACAUCUGCAACAAUAGGUCCAGUGGUAAUUGACGAUACACCGCCUUUAUACAGAGGCGGUGUCAACAUUGUUUUAGAUGAUAAGUUUGCAUUUGUUGUAUGGACCAAUGAGACAUUCGUUGACGAAGAACAGGAUGAGCCAAUAUCAAUGGUCUUAUUCAAAAUAGGGCAAGGAUCCACUUUUAAAACUCCACUUCUGCAAGGUUACCUUUCCAACAGCUGUCCAAAUCCAACUGUUAAUCUAACCUGCUUGAAGUAUCCGAUAAGAAGAAUUCAGCAAUUAAAUGAAAAUAAUACUGUCUUCUUUUUUGAACUGUACGCUUAUAAUUCUGUUGGUCAUGCAACAACUGUAAGAACAGUAGAAUUCAGCGUCCCCUCACGAUAUCCUCCGACGGCAGGAACUGUUCUAGAAAUAAGUAGCAAUUUUCCCGGGAUAGAAGAUACUGAUUAUAUAGAAAGUAAUGAAGCAAUCUGUUUCUAUCUUUCUGGGUUCAAACACAUUGAAACUGUUUCAUUUGAAGUUGCUUAUAGUACGAAUUUAACUGAUGAUUUAAUGCCAUUUAGAACUCUGCCAAGUGCCAAAUGUUUUUAUAAUCUUAGUCUACCGGAAAACACAAGAAUUUACACUCUAAUUAAAGCAACAUCCUCUGGUGGUAGUACCAUCUCCUCGUCUGAUGGAUUUUUUGUUAUCAAUGAAUCAAAAGCCGAACACUCAAUCAAUGUUCAUGAUGGAAUAUCAUGCAAUUCUGUAGUACCCGACUAUCAAGUAACUGCAAGUCUACACGGUCAAAGGACAGAAAUUUCAAUAAAAAAUAAAAGCUUACUAACUGGAAAUCCGUUUACACUUCAGAUUUUGGGAACUGAAUUAAACUUGUAUGAUAUAAGUUCAGAAGAUGUAAUUUGGACUGGAAAUUCCACUUACUCAGAAAAUAUAUUAACAAAGCCGUUUGUCCCCAUGAUUGAACAUCCACGAUUUUUGAUCAAGUUUCGGAAAAUUCUCAACACAACUUUACUUGUUAAGAUUAUUAACUGUAACGAAAAUGCGAAAUUUCAAACUAAUUCGAAGGUUUACUUUGCGUACUGGUCCACCAAAAAUCCAUAUAAAAAUUUAAUAACCCACUUUAGAACUGGGUUACUUGUACAACGAGGGACUACUGAAAGCUUUAUUUCUCCACUGCAAACAACAAUAAGUCGCGAGAGAGCAAGAUUUAGUGAUGUAUUGCUAGAAGAUGGAUUGACCUACAGGGUUAUCAUAGAGGCAUGCUUUGAAAGACUCUGCAUUCAGCCUCAAAAAUCAAAUGGGUCGAAAAUGCAAUAUGAAACAAAUUCCUUGAGCAAAAUUCAUUCCUUUCUUAAAAAAUCAAAUGAUGACCUAUUUGAAUUAAAAUUACAGUUUGAUGGCUAUCAAUGUAGUGAUAAUUCCUAUUCAGCUGGUUAUGCAGUAGCUUUAGCAGAUGAGAGAGGAGCUGAAUUAUCAAACUGGAAGCCUAUAAGUAUUAAAACAAAUAUGAAGAACAUUACGACAAGCCUUCAAAACAUUUCCCUGCCUGUUUACACGCAACACUCUCUGUCAGUAUGUGUAAGAGGGUUUUGUUUAUCUGGAACGUCUGCAAUAUCAUGUCAACCGAUAAAAGAAAAGGAAAAUUCAAGUGAUUUAAAAUUUAAUUACGUUUUCGAAAUCAACGCAAACUCUCCCGACAUUAAGGAGAUAAAAUUAUUUGCUCAUAGUCGAUAUCUUGGAGAUAAAUUGAAGGUGUUACAUAAUAAUGAAGUUGAUUUUAUCCAAUCAGACUGGAGAGUUAAUGGUGUUCUCCUUGGUACAUUUAAUCGUACGAUCAUCUGGUACAUCAUGACAGAAGAGCGUCUUCCCUUGCGUUCUUGUACAGAUGAUGUCGCUUGUAUUCAAGAGAUUGUCUCAGAGGAUUCUAUUGGCUAUUUUAAACAAAUACAAUUUACGAAGAACAAGAGAUAUUUUUUAUGUGCUUUUGCAAACAAAACAUUAGUUAAAUAUGAAAAAUAUUUAGAACAAGAAGGCCAGAUAUCUGUUUGUGGUAAUGGAUUCAUAAUAGAUGAUACGGCACCUAUUCCAGGAAAAGUACACAUCAAAGCAGAUUUUGGAAAUUUUUUGAAUAUGAACAAAUCUUUAUCAUUUACAUGGGAAGGGUUUUCAGACAUAGAGCGAGAUUUGAUAAUUGAAUAUACAUCUGGAAUAGAAAAAUACACAUAUAGCAUUGGAACAUACCCUGGUGGUGAAGACGUUGUGUCAUUCACUGACGCUGGAUUAUUGACAUCUGCUACUGUACACAGUAUUUCAUUCACAAACCAUGUAGCAUACUAUGCAACGGUUAGAGCUAUUGAUCGAGUUGGUCAUAUCACUGAGGUUUCAUCAGAUGGAGUCAUGUUCGAUGAUUCUCCACCAGUGCAGGGAAGAGUUUUUGUUGACGGAUCAGGACUAGAGGGAUACAUUACAAAUUGUAGAGACAUCACAGUCACGUGGGAGGGAUUCAACGAUCCAGAAAGUGGAAUCAAGUCAUUUAAAAUAGGAAUUGGCUCGACAAAUCUUUCAGCAGAUAUUUUCCAAUUGAUGGAAGUUAGGGAUACUUACUGGAAACCAAAAAAUACUGAUGGAAAAUUUUUAGACGGAUAUAAAUACUUUAUUUUGUUAAUGAUAACUAACAACGCUGGAUUAUCUACUUUGGUCAGUUCAAGGGCAUUUAUUGUGGACGGCAGCCCCCCACAUGAAGGGAAUGUCAUAGAUGGAAAUGAAGACGGGAUUGAUCUAGAUUUUCAACGGAAUAUCACACACAUAUGUUCAAGAUGGGAUGGAUUUCAUGAUCCUCAUACAAAGGUGACAUAUUAUGAAAUAGGUCUUGGUACUUCAAGAGGUGAAAGCGAUGUGUUUCCCCUUACUUCUGUUGGACUAGUAGAAGAAUUUUGCUGGGCUAAUGAGUUUAUUCCGGGAGAAAAGUAUUUCACAAUUAUAUGGGCAUGCAAUCAGGCGGGCUUAUGCACAUCAAAAUCCUCGAAUGGGGUAAUUUUAGAUAAUUCACCACCAAUAGCAGGACUUGUUCGCGUGAGCAUGGGUGACAGUCAUCAACAUUAUAUCAGUCACAAACAUAUUGUAUCCGCGCAGUGGAUAGGGUUUCAAGACCCACAUUCAGAUAUCGAACAUUUCGAGUUUUGUAUCAGCAAGUCAAGAAAUGAUUGUGAUAUUACCGCUUUUGAAAAUGUACUUCUUAGCGAACGUAUAACAAAAACGUCAAUCGAUCUACCACAAAGUACAAACUUAUAUAUAAUAGUGAAAGCAUAUAACCGGGUAGGGAUGUCCAGCCAACAGUCAUCCGAGAAGUUUUGCGUGGAUACCUCACCACCGAUACUGGUGACAAAACCUGUUUUUGAUACUGCCCAGUUUUCACAUAAAUCUGGAACACAGUAUGAUGAUUCUGUCUUGAUUAUCAAGUGGAAGUUCAAAGAGAAGGAGAGUUUCAUUGCAUCAAACGAAGUUGUAUUAAAAUCGCACAAAAAUGGAAAGACCGUAACAGACAUCAAAAGUAAUGGAAAUGAUAAUAAUAUCACAAUUAAACUUGAAAAGGAAAAUUCUUUAAAGAGUGGAGACACGUAUUAUGUAUUUAUAUCUAGUUGUAAUGCAGCUGGGUUGUGCACUCAUGCGUCAUCAGAUCCUCUUCUUAUUGAUUCGUCUCCCCCACAACUCGGCGGUUUUAGGAAUCUAUUGAAGUGGAAACAUUUUGAAAAUAAAACUACUGAGCUCUUGCUCUUGUGGCAUGGUUUUUCAGAUAUCCACAGCGGAAUAGAAAGGUACGGAGUGUUCGUCAGCGAAUCAUAUACAGGUUCAGAAUUAUCAAAUGGAGUAAUAAUUGUAGACCACAUAGAUAGAGAAAUUCAAAUGCUAUCUCUUAAUUUAACACGACAAUUGUCUGAAACAGAUGAAAUUAUUUUGUCAAUUUAUGCGCUGAAUGGAGUGGGUCUUAGAAGUAAAAUUGCUAAAACAACUGUUGCUUUAGUUUCAGACGAUAUUUCACAUGUAAGUGGUUUUCUAGAAUUUCAGCGUUAUUUAUGUCGAUCACAUACUUGUAAUAACGAUUGCACUUGUUCAGUAGUAGGAUCUAAAUGCCAAGAUGAGUCGCUCAAACCCGGUGCCUGUAAGAGAAUUGAUAAUCAUGCAGAAAUGCCUAUGGUUUCAUUUGGAGAUGCAAUGUCAUCGUCAAACUUAACUCUGUCAUCAAAAUGUGUCUUUGUACAAUGGAAAGUAAGAAACAUGACAAGGUUUCAACGCUUUGAAUGGAGCAUUGGAAUUCAACAUGAAGAGGCAGGUGUAGGUGUGUUUGAUAGUAAGACAGAAAGUGUCUGGCGUGAAAACGGACAACUCAUGAACACAACAUUCUGCAUGGAAAACAAAAACCGCUUUCAACAAGGGGAGUCCUACGUUUUUUACGUUCGAAGUUGGAUUUCGGAGGAUACUUAUUUUGAAAAGCAAUCAGAACCUCUUCUUGUAGAUACAACGCCUCCAGCAAUUCGACAAGGAAAAUCGAUUAAAGAAACGCUCUUUUCAUGCAAUGAAGAAGAUGUUGACUUUUUGAACUCGACUUCAGAUUUUUUUGUUUGCUGGGAUGGUGUAUUUAUAGAAAAGGGAGCUCAGAUUACGAAAUAUUCUAUAUCUUCAGGAUCAUCACCGUUUGGAAAUGACCUUAUCGAUGUACAAAAUGUAGGACAUUUAACAUCAAUUCUAGUAGAAGGAAAGCUUCUAAAACCAGGUGUUACGUUUUACUUUACAAUAACAGCCACAAACAAGCUCGGAUUGAAAACAUCAUUUACCUCAGAUGGAGUUCUUAUAGAUUUAGAUAAUCCAACGAGAGGAAUUGUUUAUAAUACCAAAUUCCACAAAAACAUUGUAUAUCAAUCAUCAACAAGUGAGAUAGGUUUAUCAUGGCAUGGUUUUGAUGAUCACAAUUCCUUCAUAAAAAAAUAUCAUGCAACUUUGUUUGGAGAGGAUAAAAACGAAACAAUAAGAACCGUCAUCGAUGCUAAAAUUCAUAAUAGCUACAUAUUCCACAAAUUAUCGUUAGAGCAUAAUCGGAGAUACAGAGUUGCAUUGAUUGCAUUUGAUGCAGUGGGACAUUUUGUUGGACCAGUAUAUGCACAAGAUUUGAAAAUUGAUAACACGCCCCCGCAGGGUUUUCGAUGCACUCAGAGGGGGGCUAUAUCUUUGGCGAGAGUAAACACAACAAAAUCUGUAUUUUGGACAAAGGUGCGUUUCCGAUAUCAAUUGUCUGCUAAUCUAAAGGCUGGGGAGAUUCACCAUUUGUCUGUAAAAGCAGAUGUCUCAGUGUUGUCAAAGAGCAUUUAUGUACUUGUUGGAGGAGAGAAAGCCAUGAUAAAUUUGUUGCGUAAUAUUGAUGAUGACGUAUUUGCUGAGCAUAUGUUUAUACCAAAAUUUACUGGCACCACUGAUAUUUCGAUUUUUCUAUCUUCCAAAGAUAUCAAAAGUACGAUAGUCAUAAAUUUACAUCAGUGUCUCUCGCAUGAGCCAUCGUUGGAUCCGAUUGCUCUUGUGCAGGUUUUACCAAACUACGUCAGUGUUUCUUUACAAAUUAAAGACAUCGAAAGUGGAAUAAAAUCCAUUUACCUUGGUAUUGGAACAACAAGAAUGGGAUAUCAAGUAAGGUCAUUACGUCCAUUUUCAAUGGGACUUCAGGAAAUCGUAAAAACCGAUGUUCGGCAUAACAGCAGUCUUUACUUUACCGCUGUUAUUGAAAAUAAAGCAUGUCUUAAAUCAACAUUUCAUUCAAAGCCUAUUUUAAUUGAUCAUUCGAAACCGGAGAUUCCUAGUAUAAAAAGCAAUGUAACAUACAAAGAAAUUUCCGUGUUCAGUGAAAAUUCUACCAAUGAAUUUAAGAACACAUCAUUGAGAUUUAUAGAAAAAAGAACGCGGACUACUGUUAAUGUCACAUGGGAGGUAGUGGACAAAGAGAGUGCAGUUCGUCGUUGUGAGUGUGGGGUUGGAGUUCUUCCUUUCUCAACAUCAACAGUAUCUUUAAGAAAGAGCGACACGACCAUGGGCUGUAUCUUUUCAAAUCUUGAUAUUCGACAUGGAACACGAUUGUUUAUCACAGUACAAUGCACUAAUGGUGUAGGACUUCGAGAAACGAAAACCCACGGUCCCAUAAUAAUAUCUAUCAAUAAACCAGACGAAAAGGCGGCAGAAGUUAGUUUCAUACCCAAUAAUAAGAUGUCCGUCGAGCAUGCGGAGCCUCUGAUUGAAACUCAAUCCAAUAGAUCCAGCAUUACGUUUUUAUGGAAUGGGUUUUCUGAUAUUUCUGGUAUCAGUGAAUAUGAAACUAGACUAUUGAAAGAAUCUAAGGUUAUUUCAUCAUGGAGAUCAGUUGGACUUAAAACUUACACUUCAUAUGAUAUCCAUGCCGCUGAUGGCGAUAUCUAUACUGCUGAAGUGAAAGCAUUAAAUCUUGGCGGGCUUUUGAGUAAUGCAAACAACAAAAGUAUUACAGUAGAUGCAAGAAGUCCACAGUUGACAGGUGACAGCUUGGUAGUGAGGAAAAUAUCAACAGGCAAAUACAUGAUCGAUUGGUCAAACGUCUUUGAGGGCACUGCGAAAGGUUCUACCGCAUUUAUCGUCUCCGUUGGAACUAACAGAGGAUAUUCGGAUUUACAGUCCCCGACUUACACACAGCAGCAUUCGAUGCCCGUGAACACGGACGAUGCCAAUGUUUUAAAUAUUAAUAUUCGGGGUAUAAGUCCAACAGGAGAAUCGCGCAUAUAUCACAUGGUAUAUGCCACAAAUUGAAUUAAAAUAGGCUUUUCAUCUACUGAUCAUUUGAUAUAAUCCUUGUUUGUAAUUCAUUACAUUUUAAAUUGACCUUAAAUUUAUCCAGUGAUGUUUAAAAGAUAUUUAGACAAUGUUUCAUCAAUCUUGAUUUUAUGCAUUAAAUAUAUGUGUACUUUUUUUAAUGAAUGGUUCAUUUUCCAAACAAUGGUUCUAUAAUGGAAAUUAGGAUUAUAUGAUUAAUUUAAAUUUUAAAAAUUAGGACUCAUGAAUAGGAAAUAUUAACACGUGUAGCUUUCAUUUGUGUAUAUUUUGAAAAGAUGUAGACAAUGUAAAGAUGUUAAAGUCAUUGAUUUAAAAUUCCGUCCAUUUCAGUUUUACAUAUUAUUGUUUUGUAUUACAACAAGUCAUUUGAUUGAGACCAGCAAUAUUUAUUCAAGCAAUAUGUUUAAAUUUCAAGGUGCAUGUUAUUUUCAUUUGUGUCAUUAUUGCUUAAUGUUUAAAGAUAUAAUGAUUUGUAAUGUAUAUUUAUUUCAUUGUAUAAAAGUUUUAAU